AUGCUAGCGCUAGCAUUGACAGCAGACCUAGAAGGAGUAACAGACCUGAUACCUUCUGAUACAGCCGAAUCGCCAUACUAUUAUACCUUCAAGGUGCAAUGCACAUCAUGUCGAGAGAUUCAUGCAAACUGGGUGGGCGUGAAUCGUCAUGGCCUAACCGAAUUGGCGCAGGAAAUGAACGAUCAAAGUGGUAGCCGGGGAGAAGCCAACUUUGUCUGGAAGUGUAAAAAUUGCAAGCGAGAGUCCAGUGCCACCAUAAAGGCCGCACCAGCGUCUUACGAGCAGACUGCUCCUGCGAAACCGAAGAACAUCAUUCAAAUUGAUUGCCGGGGUCUUGAAUUUACAGAAUUCAAGCCAGACGGGGAGUGGGAGGCCAAGGGUACCGAAUCUGGGACCAAGUUCAGUGGAAUCGACUUGUCAGAAGGGGAAUGGUUUGAUUAUGAUGAGAAGGCCGGGGAGGAGGUCAGCAUCAAGGAUAUCAAAUGGGCAAUUCGAAGGGCUUGA